AUGAGCCGCGUCACGCAACUCACCGCCGCCAUUGCCAUAUCAUUCGAAUUCGUGCUAGCCACGUCUCUCCUCGCCCUUUUUGCUUCUGCAUACCCCGAUCGAUUUCGUACGAUGCUGUGGCGCGACGGUGGUAGUAAAGGUUGGAACUCAGAUCCAAGCUAUCGUACAUAUUUGUACGCAAACUAUCAGGCAAUGCCACCCAUGCCGCUGAUCUGGGACGAAAGGUCAACGCAAUACAACCUGUGCAUUGCCAUCGUCACAAUGGUUCUCUGGUUCGUGCGGCUUUGUAUUCGAGGACGCACGUUGGAUGUCUACAGUGCUGUUGUGAGCAACGUGCUGUAUGAUAUCAUCCUCAUCGCACUCUGGUCUUACAGUGCUGUCGUGCAAUUUUCUGGCGAUUUCUCAGACCCAAAACACAUCUCGUUGCGACCGUGGUAUUUCGACCAUGGAUGCAGCGAGGCAUGGCCAUCGAACCGUGGUGCUUGCGAGGCCGCAAAGGCAUCAUUUGGGUUGACAGUGUUUGCCGUUCUCUGGUUCGUUACCCGAAGUAUUGCGAUGUGUAUGUACGGAGCGUACACUUACGGCAGGAGCUCUGAGGAGGUAAACGUUUUAUGUUAUCAUAGCAGUGAGAAAUCUAGAAGAUGAG